AUGGACAGCUCGGGCAGCGACACAGCGGUGCCGACGAAGCUCAAUAAGAAGCAGCUGACCUACAACGCGGGGACGAUCAAGCGCGCCUCGAAUCGCAUCCUCGUGACGGGUGGCUGUGGAUUCAUCGGGUCCCACCUGAUCGACCGCCUCAUGCAGGACGAACACAACGAAGUCAUCUGCGCCGACAACCUCUUCUCGGGCAGCAAGGCCAACAUUCGCCAGUGGCUGGGCAACCCCCGCUUCGAGUUCGUCCGUCACGACGUGACGCAGCCGCUGCUGGUGGAGGUGGACCAGAUCUACCACCUGGCGUGCCCGGCGUCGCCCGUGUUCUACCAGAACAACGGCAUCAAGACGAUCAAGACCAACGUGCUGGGCACGAUGAACAUGCUGGGCCUGGCCAAGCGCGUUCGCGCCCGCUUCCUGCUGUCGUCCACGUCGGAGGUCUACGGCGACCCCGACGAGCACCCGCAGCGCGAGGAGUACUGGGGCCACGUCAACCCGAUCGGCAUCCGCUCGUGCUACGACGAGGGCAAGCGCGUGGCCGAGUCGCUCGCCUUCGAGUACCACCGCCAGAACAACGUCGACAUCCGCGUCGCACGCAUCUUCAACACCUACGGCCCGCGCAUGCUCGAGAACGACGGACGCGUCGUCUCCAACUUUAUCGUGCAGGCCCUCAAAGGAGAGCCGCUCACGGUGUACGGCGAGGGCGACCAGACGAGGUCGUUCUGCUACGUGUCCGACCUGGUGACCGGCCUCAUCUCCCUCAUGAACGGCAACUACAUCGGACCGGUCAAUCUGGGCAACCCGGUGGAGUACACCAUCAAGCAGCUGGCCGAGACCGUGCAAAACAUGGUCAACCCCGAUGUGGCCAUCAUCUCCAAGCCCAUUCCGUCGGACGACCCGCGCAAGCGCAAGCCCGACAUCACGAAGGCCAAGCAGCACCUCAACUGGGAGCCCGCCGUGCCGCUCGAGGAGGGGCUCACGCUCACCAUCGACGACUUUACCCAGAGACUCGCCCAGCAGUGA